AUGUCUGAUGGCCAAAACGAAGCCUCGGCUUCAGCUUCCCAUGGAGCAUCGACAACUAAGGAGUCUAUCGAUUACGCAGAUCAAAUGAAGAAUGAAGGAAACGAGCUUUUUCGAGCAGGAAAAUGGGAAGAAGCCCUCGCAGCUUACCGAGUAGGAUUAGGGAGUCUCCCGAAGCGCAAAUCAAAACCAUCGCGACCACGAGAGGAGUCUGACGACGAAGAACCGGUGCCACAGACGGAACUCAAGGGAGAGGAUGAACAAUCCAAACGCACUGGUAAACGGGCUGAACGUGGUCGCGGGGAGUCACCGUUUGACAACGAAGAACCACAGACGGAACUCAAGAGAGAAGAUGAACAAACCAAAGGCACCGGUGAACAGGCUGGUGUGGAUUCUUUAGAGAUAGAUCCUUUUUCCAAAUCUCGUGCCGUACUCAACGCGAAUAUUGCGGCAUGCUUCAUGAAGCUGGGUGAUGAUAAAGAGGUGGUGGCUGCGUGCUCACAAUCCCUCUAUGACGAUCCGCACUAUAUUAAAGCUCUUCAAAGGCGCGCGACUUCCAAUGAAAAACUGAAUACGUGGUCCUCGCUUUCUUCUGCACAAGAAGACUACCGCAAGCUUAUUGAACUACUCCCGGAAUCUUCAAGCGAAAGAACCAAUGCUCAGCGUAAACUGAUACACAUUAAACCACGAGUAGAAGAAGCCCAAAAGAAGGAGACUGCAGAGAUGAUGAGCAAGCUGAAAGGCGUCGGAAAUAGUAUUCUAGGACGAUUCGGACUAUCGACAGACAACUUCCAGUUUGUUCCUAACGGGCAAGGAGGAUAUUCUAUGAAUUUUCAAAAAUGA